UACUGACUAUUGUACACUAAUACCAGUAUAUCACUACAAUACUACAUUGUAAUAGUGUAAUACUCGAGACCAUUUUUAGUUGUUUUGUUGAAGUUAAGUCUUUGCUUUUGAGUGUUGAAUAUUAGUCACUAUAGUUAACUAUAAAUGUGUAACUUACAAUUUUGACCUCAACAUUUAGUACUCGGUACUAACAUCGUGCGCUUGCCGCCUCAAAUUUUUCUUGAACCGAUCGAAACUUGUCGGACGCACACGACAUUUUUGAUAUUUUAGUAAUUCUCAGACGUUGUUUACUUGGGUAUGCGACGCGGUCCUUGAAAUUGUUUUCAACGUCAUCAUAUACUCGUAUGAAAUACUAUGUGGUCGGAUCCAUCAUCAACAAACAUGGCUUAUGGAAACCAAUGGAUGAAUCCUGCUUUAUAUAAAAAUAUGACCAAUGAACAAGUGGAUUGGGCGAGUUUAGCUCAACAAUGGAUCAAAAUGAAAGAAACGCCACCUCCGAUGCUACCUGGACAACAAAAUAGAAUCCCAACUUCUGAACAUGCUUUACCUAGUCAUCGCGUAGAACUUCAGAACACUUCAAACACAGUACCAGGAACAAAUACAACUCUAAAUAAUCAUAGUAUUGUCAGUCCAGUUAUACGAAAUAAUAUUGAAAAACCUAGUGCUUGGAAUACAUGGACUUAUCAGCAACAACAACAAUGGAAUUGGAAUUGGGCAUCUUCUUCAUCAGCUCUAUCUGCUAAACCACCUAUGAUAGAGUCAAUUAAUUCACUUAGACCUCCUUUUAUUGUACCUCCUAUAUUAUCUGAACCACCUCCACCUUACCCAAUGAUGACACCAAAUAAAUCAUUUACGCCCAAUAAUUAUUGGGUAGGUCCCAAUACUAGAGUACCGCCACCUACUGAACCAGAUCAAUGGAAUAAACUUAAUAUAGUUCCUAAUGUAGAUGAUAGAACUCAAGAUCCAUCGUUUAUUGAUGCUGCUAAACGAAAGCAAUUGCCUGCUUGGAUUCGAGAAGGACUAGAAAAAAUGGAAAAAGAAAAACGAAGAAAAAUUGAGCAAGAACAAUCUAUUAGUGAAUCUGAUUAUUCUAGUUUCUCAAAUGAAAAUGUUACCCAGGAAUUGCCCAAUUCACCUAUGAAUAUGGACCAUGAAACUCAAAUGGUUGAUGACGAUAUUGAACCGGCGUCUUUUGAUUAUAUCAAUGAAAAUGAACCUAGAAAAACUGAGUUUGUGAAGAAUGAUCUUUCUCCUCUCAUUCCACGUAAGACUAAAGCUCAAAUCUGGGAAGAUACGAUGUUAAGUCUACGGAAAAUUCUAACAAAGUUAUUAAUGGAUGUUACUAAUGAAAUGAUGUUAAAUGUAGUCAAAGAUGUGCUAAAAAAUACUUUACAAACAGAUAAUCAAGUGAAUCAAAACCAAACAUCAUUAGCUGGUAAGCUGGGACUUGGAGUUUAUGGUUCAGAAUCUGGGUCAUCUGAUGAAAGUGAUGAAGAACAGCAUGCAUCUGGUCAUAAACAAUUAAAACAUGAUUCUGAUGAGGCUAUUCAAGAAAGAAUAUUAAAACGUCAACGUGAGUUCAGUUAUAUUGAAGCGAAAAUACUUAUAGAAUUGGAUCAGCUUGAAGACCGAGAAAAACUUGUGAGGUCUAAAUUUGAUAAUAGUAUCAAAUUCAAUGGAGAAACUAAUGAUAAUAGUAGUUUAACAGUGGAAAACAUUCAGAAAAAAGGACGUACUGAAGAUGACGAAUCUAGUGAUAAAAUGGUCAAAGGGCAUGAUAAAGUAAAAAAAGAAUCAUCUAAUGAUUUGAAUAUUAAAAAUGGACAUAAAAAAAAGAAAUCUAAAUCCAAAAGAUCGUCAAGUUCUAGUUCAUCAAGGAGUAGUGUUAGUAAAAAGAGCAAUAAUACAGACUAUAAAAAUAAAAAUAAGAAAAGCGAUAAAACAAAAUCAAAAUCUUCGAUUAAAACUAAUGCAGAUAGUGUAAAGAGAAAACGAAGAUCGCGUUCUAGAAAUAGAAGUAGAUCUUAUUCAAUAUCAAAGAGUAGUAAGUCGCAUCCAAGAUAUAGGAGUAGGUCACGUUCAAAACAUUAUGAUAGAAGAUCGCCACAUAAUUAUAGAUCAAGAAGAAGUCGAUCUCCUCCAUCACAUCAUUCAUAUUCCAGAAAACACAAAAGUAAACGAACUAGUUCUUCUAGUUCAGAUGAAUCAAGAAGUAAAAAACACCGUUACAAACGAUAAUGUUAUGGUCAAAAUGUAAUUUUAAGAGGUUAAAAUUCUUAAUUAUUUUUUUAUUAAUACUGACUCAUUAA